ACCAAAUUGUUUAUGUUUAAGUUUCAAUAAUAAUUCAAGUGAAAAUUAGGAAGAAUAAUAGUUCUCAUGAAGGACCAUUUCCAAUGGAUUUUGAUAACCAUAAGCGCCAACAUAAUAUUUGAGUAUCCAAAUGCGUUCAUCUGUAAGUUACAUCCUAUCAAGCACAACCACUGAGCCAACAAUGUCUCAUCCUGAUUAUGAACAGUACUCGCACGACCACGCAGCACUGCUGGUUCUUGUUCGGCAUAUUGGUACACAGUUGAAACCAAAAGUUUUUGGUAAAUUCUUUGAUCAGAUUUCUAAAAUUAACAAUGUCAAGAUUACUGAUUCAACUGGUCAUGUAAGGAAUAUAAUUGUGAGAUAUGUUAAGGAACAUCCUGUAGAGAAUAACGAUUGGGGAGACUUUCAAACCCACAGAAGAUUACUGGGUCUUAUAUCACUGGGAAAGUAUGAUUCACAACAGGAACUGAAUGAGUUGUGUAGAGUACAUGAAACUUUCAAAGUUAAGUACAACACCACUUUGUUUGAUUCAAGAUGUGUGUUUUUUGGACCACUGAAAGAUGUAACAAGUCCUACACCAAGUGAUGACUCCUCUAGUUGCAGUGAGAAUGACAUCAAGAAAACUGAAAUUGUAGAAAUUGAAAAGUUCACAACACCAAGCAAUUUUAAAACAAGAGCACUGUUUUAUGAUGAGGCUGGUCCAUGCAGUGACUUGGAAACCCAACUUAAUGAGUUUGUUAAUUCUUUGUUUUGGGUUCUUGAAUCAAAAAGGCUAGAAAGAUCCAGGGAAAAACUUGAAAGAGUCUCUCUGCUUUUAGCUCCAUUUGAAAAAAAGGAUUUUGUGGGUUUGGAUAUGGAAUCCAGAAAUAAUAAAAAGCGUUGCACUGGCAGAAUGACAAAACACCUUGGUGAUUUGUGUUUGCAGGCAGGUCUUCUUAAUGAGAGUUUGACUUAUUACAAUUCAGCUGCUGAAACGUUAAAAACAAUAAAUGAUUGGUUAUGGCUUGGUGCUGCAUUUGAAGGGCUAAGUGCAGCUUCUGCUCUUGCUUUAUACCCUGAAAUGCCCAGAAAUAUUCCUUUGCACAGAAAUGCUAGUUUACAAGAAGGUUCUCCAAGAAAAUCGUCAAUUUCUGUGGCAGCAUCCAAUCCACUAACGUCGCCGUACAAAAAAGCUAUUGCCAAUUCGCUUCCAGCCGAAGAUAUUUCGAAGAAAUAUAGAGAGGCUAUUAUUCACUACAGUAAAUAUCAAAAUGCGGGCAUAGUUGAAACAGAAGCCAGUUUCAAAGCUGCCAGAAUAGCCGUUGAACAAAAUCACGCGUUACAAGCUGCUAGUUUCUUGCAGAACGUUGUUUAUAUUAAUUUAACUUUAUCUGAACAGGAGAAGAUUCAGAGGUUUGAGACUUUGGCAGAUCUAUACUCUCAAAUUGGAUUUAAUAGAAAAGCGGCGUUUUGCCAAAGACUGGCUGCCACUAGGUACGUUUCUCCUCAAAAUCAGUCACCUAAUUGGGGAAAGUGUUAUACACUAAUGCUGCAAAGUUUGCCAGGACACUGUUUGACUUUGGAUCCUGUUGAAAUGAAAGAGGCUGAUCAAGGAUGGCCAGCUUUGCAAAUUCAGUUGUUGCAGGAAUUAGUGGUAGCUGCAAAAAGAACGGGAAAUUCUGCCUUGGCUACUAGACACAUGACAUUCCUUUUGCAAACCAUGUGGAAUCAUUUGACGCCGACAGAACAGAAAGAACUAUCUAUACAGUUGCAAUCUCUAUCGGCGCAGUGCGAAGGUUCUCCUGUAUUGCUGGUGUUGGAUUCUGGUCUUGUUGUACCACCGGCCAAUUUAACAGACAUUCCAUUGUGCAUUUCAUUCACUGUUAAAGAUCUUCAACCACACUUAAGGCCUCGUCGAAUAGAAACUUUAAAACAGGAUCCUGGAGUGUUUAUUUACACUCCCAGUCACUAUGGAGGUGGAAACAGUCUGGAUAGAAGGCAGGCGAAAUUCAAAACUAAAGUUGAUUUUUGUUGGGUUGAAAAUGAAGUAUGUGAAGUUCAAUUGAAAUUGAUAAAUUCGCUACCUUUUGAGCUGAAAGUUUCUAAUAUGAGGUUGCUUACUUCGGGAGUCGUGUUUGAAUCUGUGCCAGAAACUAUUGUACUGUCGCCGGAUGUUACUACAACUUUAACAUUGAGUGGUUGGGCUAGAGAGGGCGGAGAAUUGGAGCUGUCUGGCUAUAGUACUCAUACAUUAGGUGUCAAGUCAAACUGCAGACUAAAGCAUAUGGCUAAGGCAAACUUUCCAAGCUUCUACAAAGUGGACGUUGUUCCAUCUUUACCACUGUUGCAAGUUACAACGUCCCUACCUCCAAGUGCCUCGUUUUCUAACUUCCACGAUGAUAACAUUGUGACAUCAGCUGGAAUUUCAUUGUUCCAUGGUGAAACUGUUCAAUGCACUGUUACUUUAACAAAUAUAGGACAAGUGGAUGUGGAAAUGCUAGACAUCCAUAUUAACAGUAUUUUGGAUCCGUCUCUACAGGAUCAAAUUUUUAAAUGGGACGAGAACGAGGUCAAAUCCCAACUACCCAUCAAGCCGGGUUGUUGUGCCACUCUAACGCUUCACCUUCAUUCAGCCGCUAACUUUUUAGCACCUAAUAUCGCAGCAUCUCCCAGUACCGUUCCACACGAUUUGAGCAGUGGUGUUUUCAGCAGUAUGUCUGCUUCAAUCACGGGUGGAUCAUUACCAUCAAGAUUUAAUUCAAGUUUCCGUUCAACAAAUUCGGGAAUGUCAAGCAUAGUGGGAUUACCGACAUUAUUGCAACAACAUACCAGUUCGUCUAUAGAAGGCCAAAUUAGAUUAAGAUACAGCGGCGGACCUGGAUUAAAAUCUGAAUUUUAUAGGACUUGUUCUGUAUUCAUAAUCAUGGAAAUGAUUCCUUCCAUACACAUAACGAAUUGGGACGUGAUGCCCGCUGAAGUUCCGUCGCAGUUUUACCUAGUAUUGGAUAUUGCCAAUCUGACAACACAAGAAAUGGAACUGAGAUACACACCAACGAAAACUAUGUUAGUUGAAGGACAGGAAAGCUGCAGAGUACCAGUGCCAGUUGAUAGGUGUCCUCUAUCGAAAAUAAGCAAGUAUUAUGAAAAUCCACAAGAAGAUAACAGCAUUUCUACAUUAGACAUGCAUAGAAUAUGUUCAGAGCACAUUUCUGAACUGGUAGAUUUGCAGUGGCAUUUAUUAGCCACUGAUUCCAAAGGAGUGGCUUCACUUAAGGGUAUUACACUAACAUCAAAAAUGAUGGACAUUGUUCGAAUGUCACCGUUAGUAUGGGAUGUAACUGUAAAUGGGGAAGAAAUAAAACCACAGGAGGAUAUAAAUUGCGAAGCUGGCGAUUGCUUAGAACUGAAGAUGAACCUGACAAAUAGUUUGGAGAAGGCUUUAAGACAUUUAAAUGUAUCGGUUCAAUUUUAUCAAGAUUAUGAGAAUGGCAAUUUAAAUUAUAGACUGGAUACAAGAUUAGCGACCACCGGUUCCGUAAAGAAAACCAUUAAUUUCUUGGAAUCAAAGCAAAUCGCGAGUCACGAAUGUAACGUCAUAUUUUUUACUCCAGGACAAUAUAAAGUGGAUAUUCAGUGUUGUGCUCCAGACAAUUAUUCAUCAACUUGCCCACCUCCUGCUCUAAACACUGUCCACAUAUGGAAGUUUACACCUCCCAUAAAUAUACUCGUUAAAUAAAUAAAUGCGUGCGUUCCGCUUUUAAAAAUAGCGCACUUGAUGGAUUUUGUUGAUAUAAUUGAUGUUAUUAUUUAAUAAAUUUAAUGAAUUAUA